AUGUACGGGUUCACGGGGUUGAGCAGCAGUAGCCAUGAGAAGGCUGAGGUUGAUAUAGAAGCGGGGGGGAUGCUGUAUCCUGGCAUCGGCCACGGUGAGAAUCAGCUCCGAUGGGGUUUCAUCAGAAAAGUCUACGGAAUCUUGGCAGCGCAGAUCCUCCUCACCACAGUCGUCUCCGCCGUCAUUGUUCUCUAUGCCCCCAUCAAUGACCUCCUACGUGGAAAUUCUGGGCUCUUGCUGUUUCUCCUCUUCACGCCCUUCAUUUUACUUUGGCCCUUGCACAUUUAUCAACAAAAGCAUCCUCUGAACUUCAUCUUCCUCGGGCUAUUUACCGCUUCCAUAAGUCUCACUGUUGGUGUUAGCUGUGCCAAUACUGAAGGAAGAAUCGUACUUGAGGCCUUAAUCUUGACAUCAGCCGUGGUUUUAGCUCUGACUGGGUAUACUUUCUGGGCUUCAAAGAAGGGAAAGGACUUCAGCUUUCUGGGACCAAUCUUGUUUACUAGCCUCAUUGUGCUGCUUGUGACCAGCUUUAUCCAGAUGGUCUUCCCUCUUGGACCUACAUCUGUUGCUAUCUACGGUGCAUUCGGUGCCAUUAUAUUCUCUGGCUACAUAAUCUAUGACACCUACAAUCUGAUCAAGCGAUUCACUUAUGAUGAGUACAUCUGGGCAUCGGUCACUCUUUAUCUGGAUAUUCUCAAUCUCUUCCUAACUAUUCUGCGGAUGAUGAGACAGGGAGACAAUUAA